CAAAUAUAUUAAGUUAUUAAUAGUCUUGUUACGAGAGGCUAUUAAUCUUAUUAAAUUAUAACCCUUGAUUGAUGAUCAAUAUUAUCUGAUAUUUCCUCGUAUCAUUUCCUUUUUUGGUAUGACAGUAAACACAUGCGCAGUGUCACUGUAGACACAACAGACUCGGAAUCAACAAUCGAGGAGAAAAAAACGAUUAUGUUUUGAUUUUUGAAAUGCAGAUUUAAACCAUUAUUUGCGGGCGAUGCUUUAUUGCUUUGCCAAAGGCGAUGGUAUUGCCUUUAAGCGUUUGAAUACGAAGGAAAUUUGGUGGAUUUUGGACUGAAAUAACUUCAAAAUGCGAAUGCAAGUGAAGCUAGAAAUUGGCCACAAAGCAGCAUGUCGCUUGGAGCCGACUCCAGAAGGCUUUACACACGACUGGACGAUUUUCGUUCGCGGAUCCGAGGGGAAAGACAUUUCACAUUUUGUAGAGAAAGUAAUAUUUCAUCUGCACGAAAGCUUUCCCAAGCCAAAACGUGGUAUGUUUUGAUGUUUUGAACUUUAUGUUUGUAAAUGCUAAUCCCCAUUCUAAGGGUUUCUAUUUGAUAAAUAAGUGGAUACAAUCUUUAUUUACACAAAUCGAGUGCUGUAUUGUGCUUGAAUUAUUUCACAAAUAAAUGUUGUCUCUGUACUUGAUUCAUCUCUCGUUUAAAACUAACAUGUACACUCGGAACAAUCUGUCAUGGACACUCAAUCCUUCACAAAAAUGCCUUUAUUGUAAUCAAUUUGUCGCUGGCUUUAGAGGAAAUAUAUUUUUAGGAUAGAAAGGCAAUCAUUGAUGCUUAUAAUUUACUGUGAUUUGCCCUCUGUUUAUACUUGUAUGGUUCAGAAUUUAUUGUUUAUUGGGUGAAAAAAAAUAUAUAAUUAUUUAUCAAAGAUCACAUAACCUGUGAAUUACUGAUUAUGAACAAAGCUACAUUCAAUAAUUAUUUAAUUAUGAUCUUUUUUAGUAAUAUUUGUACAUAAAUGCUGUGGCAUCAAGCUCGUGUAACAGUCAUGUAAUACCGGAAAACAUUGUUGUUUACACUUAAAACUGUGUUUGUAGUUUCAAUUUGUGCUGCGAUUUUCUUCUGCGAUUUUAUUUGAAUGAGUAGAUGAAUUGUGAAUUUUUUUGUUACGGGUAAUGUCAUUAAAUCUGGCAUUCGGUGUAAUAAUCUCUAAAUAACACCCUGACAUUCAACCUAAUGCUCACCUAGACACAAUAUUUCAGCCCUCGAAAAUUAGGUCAGCAUUCGGCAAUGCCGACCUAAAUGCUGACCUGUCAACCUCACAGGUCGGCAAAAUUUUUGCUGACCUUAAUUUAGCUGUUAAAAAGUCAGCAAUUAUAGAAUUUGAUUCGUAGUUUGAUUAACUAAAUGCACUUUGGUGUAAUGUUUAAAAAUUGACGGGUAUUCUAUAUAUAAUUCAGGUAAGACUUGUCAUGUUACUGUAGUUUGCGUUUCUGCGGAAAAAAGCAUGCUUUAUAUUCUGAUUUCAAUGAUUCGCAAAUACGUGAUUACUAGUGCUCCAAGACAUGGAAACAGAUUUUAAAAAAUGCCGAGACAUGCUGACCUAGGUUAGAUUUAGGUCAGCAUUUUUUUGCCGACGUCGAUUUUGAUGGUUUUCGAGGGCUGAUAUUUGCCUAAAAGUUUGCAUGCAACCUGAUUACAACUUGAGUUGUACUGUAUAAAUCAAGCACACAACUGCCUUUGUUGUCGUAGAUGAAUUGUGUUCUUGAUUUACACAGUACAACCACAGACUACUACACAGAAGUCCAUCUCCAUUGCUUUUUCCAUAAGCGCUAUUCGUCAUGAUUCGUCACUCGGCAAGUACCGUAAACAGAAGCAGUCACCCCCCUGGACAUGCACCAUUUUUAGUAUUUCCAGGGGGUGACUGCUUCUGUUUACGGUACUUGCCGAGUGACGAAUUAUGACGAAUAGAGCUUAUGCAAAAAGCAAUGGAGAUGGACUUCUGUGCAGUAUUCUGUGGUACAACUCAAGUUGUAAGCAGGUUGCACGCGACAGUUUUAGGCAAAAGUUAUCUAGUGUAAAUCGGCCUUUAUUGUCAAACUGAAUGUUUUGAGUAUAUUUACCCUCAUCCAAACAUUCAUAAUAGGUUAUUUUCAAUUUCUUCACAGCUAUAAAAGACCCACCAUACAAGUUAGAUGAGUCGGGCUAUGGCGGUUUUGAACUGAAGGUCGAGGUUUGUUUCAAAACAAAAGAUGAGCCCCGAAGAGUCCACUUUACUUAUGAUUUAUUUCUACCACUGAAUGGCUUGCCUCCUGUUACAAGCGUUCGGACGGAGGCCCUCACCUUUACUCAUCCCACUGAGGAUUUUAUGAAGAAAUUAGUGAAAGGGGGAGGCAUUCCAAUCUCGGCUGUUAAUGGUGUAAGGUAAGUAACUAUGUGUACAAUAAAUGUUUGAGAAGUAACAUCACAGGACUUCGAUGAUUCACAUGUUGUUUUAUGAUCCAUAGAAAUAGUAUGAGACUUCUUAUUGACUUUUAACCACUUUGCCCAAUCUUCUUUCAAGUACUGUGUGGGACAUAGCCUGUACAAAUAAAGCCUGACACAAACCUAAUCUGAUAUCCACCCACUAUAAAUUUAAUAUUUACAUGUAGUAUCCAAUCAAAAUCUCCCAGGAAAAAUGUCAAAUUCACACAAUAACAACAGCAAUCUAAUUAUAGUUAAAAUAUACAUAAGUGGGACAACACAAUGCGAUCAUUUGCGCACUAUAGAAAUUCUUGACCCGAGAAGCCGUCUUUGCAUUUUGUCUGAAGAAUGAGAGCGGUAAAUUGCUCCUGUAGUUUUGCUAAGGAAAGAGGCGGUUCUCCAGAACUAUUAUAAGAUUGUAAAUGAUUUACUUAAUAUUAUAAUCAAUUAAUUUACUUGGUCUAGAAGUUGGGCCAUGUAUAUUUUUCGCAGUAUUCAACUUGGAUACCGGGAUUCAAAGUUUAGUAUCCCUUCUGAGAAUCCAGUAUCUCACUUCUGGAUACUGGUUACCGGUACCAUAAGUAUUAUACCCUGUCCCAUCUAAAUAAGUUUCCAUGACUCUCACUGUUACAAAUUACAAUAACAACAGGAGACUCAACAGUCAACAGCUAAACAGUUCAUUAAUACUCUAAAAUGCACGUAAUCCCUCAAACUUCUAUAUGCUAGUCCUCAAUGAGGAAAGACUGAUGGCAAACUGAUAGUAUUCAAAAGCUAUCAGGAGCCUGUCAAAAGUGUUUAACAUUUUCCUAAUGUUUGAAAUUUUCUUAGUAUCCAGUCGGGAUACAAGUGACCCGAGAAGCCGUCUUUGCAUUUUGUCUGAAGCAUGAGAUGGUAAUGAUAUAAUCCAGCUGUCUCCUAGCUGACUAACGUUAUUUUUAAAUACAUCUUGUAAAUAGGCGUAAGCCCCCUUGAUGAGCUUAUUAGCUCUUGGGGCAAACGUGUUUUUUUUCAAAUAUGUUUAAAUAAAUAAAUAAACAAGUCAUUCACAGUUUGGUAGCCAAAACCAAAUUUUUCCUAUCCUUUGGAUAUCUGGAUACUUCAAAUUUCAGACCCUGUUAAAUAAUAACUAGACGCAACCAAGGCAUGCAGCAAAUCAUUAGUUCACUUACAAAUUAGGCUGAGCAAAAGCCUGUCAAGAAAGGUUUGAAUAACACAUAUUUUGUUUUUAAAAUGUGUAGUAAUGGUAUUAGCAAUGGACAUCCUCCGACACGAGAGGAAACCAAAGAACCAGCACAAAAGACUGCUUCUAAUAUCUCUGAAAAUGAAAAAACUAAAAAGAUUAAACUUCCCAAAUCCAGUUCGAAACCUAGCUCUGGUGUAGUAGGCGUGAAACGAUCACCACCUUUACACGAACAAACAGCCACAGAUGGUGUGCCGAAAAAGAAGAAAAAAUCAUCUGAUGGGUCUAGCUCAUCAAAAACGAAACACUCACAAGGGGAGAGCGUGGUGGCGCCUGCGUCGCAACCUUUGACAACCGAGGUCAAAGACUUAAAAGUGAAAUUUAAGCCUAUCCUGCCGAAAGAAAGUGUUGAAAAGGAGCGAAAGAAAGAGCCUAGUGCGGACAAGUCUAAAACUUCUCACAGUGCAAAAAGUAAGGAAUCAAAGUCUCAGAAAUCUGAACAUGAAAGCAAAAAGCUGGAUAAAAGCGAACAUAAAAUAAAGGUGAAGAAAAAAGGCGAGAAAUCGGACAAGAAACGAAGUGGUGAAAAGAAGGAAAAAAGUAAAUCAAAGAAAGAUAAGAUCGAGAAAGUGACAAUUCGUAGAAGUUCUGGUGACAGCUGGGCAAGUGCUGGCGGCUCAGGGCUUAUGUCAAAUGUCGUUGCAAAGAAUAAAGCGUUGGGGAAAUUACUCAGUGAGAUGUCAUCAGAUGAAGACGAGGGAGACUUGCCAACUCCUUUCAAACGUGAAUCAUCACCAGUUUUGUCUAAGAUCACUCUCAAGGAAAAGGUUGACCUCCCUAUUCCGUUCAAGCAUGAGCCCUCACCCGUUAUAACACAAGCUUCUCACAAGGAGAAGGACGAUCUCCCUCCACCAUUUAAACAUGAAUCAUUGCCGGCUCUGACAAAGAACACACACAAGGAACAAACGAGUCACGCUUCUCACAAGGAGAAGGACGAUCUCCCUCCACCAUUUAAACAUGAAUCGUUGCCGGCUCUGACAAAGAACACACACAAGGAACAAACGAGUCACAAGGAACAAACGAGUCACAAAGAGCAAACAAGUCACAAGGAAGAAACAGCAAACAAGAACGGUUUGAGUAGUUUGAAAACCAAGGAGAACUCAAGUCAUGUUGAGAGUAAAAAUACAAAUCAUGUUGAGAAUAAUACGGAAGAACAAUUGAACCAUGCCAGUGAAUCUAGUGAAUUAAUGAACACUUCGUCUACGAUUGAAAAUGGGUAGGAAUUACGUUUUUAAUUCUUUAAAACUGUAGUAGAGGGUAUGUAGACAAGGGGAUAUAGUCUCUCUCUACAGCUGAUACACAUGGGCUUGUUUCAUUGUCUUUUCAUUGUUUUGAACUGAAAUGCAACUACCAUAUUUACUCAUUUUCAGUACUGCGUCGCUCCUUAAACUUUUAGCAUUUCUGUUGCGGCACUUAUUCGCGUGCAGGACUGACGAGGCCUCGCUUUACAUUCUUGUGAAUAGGUAAGGCGCUUUAAUAUUCCAGGGCGGCGCUCUUUAAUACAUUGAUCUGAUAUGCGGCUUUUAAUUGACCGCGGCACUUAAACGAGUAAAUACGAUAUUCUCCUUGCCAUCAGUCACUCGUAGUUUUGAUAUAUUUCUAGCUUUGCCUGUUAUCAAAAGCAUUUACAUUUGUAUUCGUUGUUUUUUCCAGGGUUUCCAAAAGCAAAGAUGAAAAGCUAAGAGAGCAGGAACUCUCCAAUAAAGAAUUAUUCGACCUUUAUGAGCAGAUUACAAAAUGUGAAGAUACUGAAUUCCUACAGAAAGUAGUGGACGUGAUAGAAACCACUGGACUUUAUACCGUUGCAGAGAAAACGUUUGAAUUUGAUCUAUGUAGUUUGGAAAAAAACACUCUGCAACAGUUACAAAAGUGUCUGGGUAGGAGGUAGUUGUAAAUUACGAAGAGGUUAUUGUUUUAUCUGUGGGUUGCGCGUUUUAUAUUCCUGGGUUUUCAAAGGCAGCAGAUGCUCGUCAACUUCAGAGAUGUCGACAAGAAAAGUGGCACUGUCAUCAAAAUUUUUAUUUUCUAAACGAAAAUGCUCCUAAAACUGUAUAAUAACUUGUUUUGAAGAUUUUUGUUCUCACGCUUAGUUCUUGAGAUAUUUCAUUUUGUUUGUAACCAUGUGACGUCAUUUACUCAAUUACAUAUAUAAUGAGAUAUCAGUAAUUGUUGUGUAUCUUUGCUAUUUUUGAUGGAUUUCUUUAAAAAAACCAGUAUGCUUAAUGAUGUAGGUUAAAUUAAAAACGCGCGGCAUCUUUGGAAAGAUUUUGAUAAAAAAUAACAAAGAUACACAACAAUUACUGAUAUCUCAUUAUAUAUGUAAUUGAGUAAAUGACGUCACAUGGCUACAAACAAAAUGAAAUAUCUCAAUAACUAAGCAUGCGAACAAAAAUCUUCAAAAGAAGUUACUAUACAGUUUUGAUGACAGUGCCACUUUAACUUUUAUUUUGUCACUCUGAUAACUGCAGGUUGCCUACCAUCUGCUGCGCGAUUGCGCUUAGGGACAGCUAGGUCAUUAUUUAUGCUGGGGGGGGGGGAAGAGAAAUAUUUUUCUUGGUAAAAGGCUCUGCCGAUCCAACCAUUAAAACGUGUUAAAAAUUUUACCCAACUUCAAAUAUCAACAAAAAAUAAAUACCCACCCCUUGCCGAAAACUUUACGAUACAACACCAUUCAGUUGUCACACAUGUCCUUUACCACUUCUGUGACACGAGUUUGAUAACUGCUUGUGCAAUUUUCUGCAGUCUAAAGUUUCAUGUUGUCUGCGCAUGUACUUUUUUUGGAGAUAUACCAUUUCCCCCAUAACAAAUUGGAAAAUGAUCGUGACUCUGAUUGAUUUACAUAUUGUAUUGACAUAUGACUGUUGACAUUGCUUUUUAGUUUUCAAUAUUUGAGUGAGUCAUGCUUUGGAAAUGACAAUAAUUUUUCAUUACCCAACCUUUGAGUUGUUUUUUUUACCCAACCUUUUACUCACUCAAAUUUUUGUUUACCCAACCCUUUUCUCUUCGUUGCAACCCCCCUCAUAAAUAAUGACCAGUCCCGUAGGCCCCAGUUACACGAGACCAGAUUCGCAUCGGAGCGACAUCAAAUUUUACAGUUUCAGGGAGAGUUUAGCACUCAAAAUUAUGAUAAUAUAACAGAAUUAGUCAAAAACUUGGGCGAACCGUAUCAUGUAACUGGAGCCUUAGUAAAACCAAAUAAUAUAUUGUUAUCCAAAUUGGCAUCUAUGAUGCUUACCAACUAUAUAAAGAAUCUGUAUCAUAUAGAAAUGCAUUUCAAGUCUUUCAUACCCUAUGUUGGGCUUUGAGAAGUAAUUGUUUUAAAUUUAAUGCGUUACAGAGUGGAUGUGUGCGUGUUAUAUGCGCAGAAUAUUGUCUUAGAGUGUUACUUUUGUAUUAUAUAUAUUAUUUGUUUAAAUUAUAUUGGACCAGAUGUUAU